AUGACGGUCAUCAAGAGCGCCGGCAAAUACCGCCUGGUUCGCCGCACUCACCACACGCAUCUCGUCGGAGACACCGACCUCACCUACCGCAAUCUCGUCUGCCCCAGCCACGGGACUUCGGAAGUCACCUUCCGCGCUUCGACGGACGGCCAGUACGAAGUCGAGCUGAUGCAGACCACGUCCGUCGACCUACGCACCUGGGACGGCCAGACCGCCAUCAAGACUGAAAAACGCGCUUUUCGAAUCGGAAACGGCGAAUGGAGCAUGUGGGCGGCUCAGACGACGCUAGCGUUUAGCAAGUCUUACACGAAGAAAGCGUGGAGCAAGGGGCAUCGGAUGACCACGAUUCGCUUUUCGGAGGGAGUGAAGCGGAGGACCAGGAAGAUGCAAUUUCACCAGAUGCUGACAUUGUCAUGCACGACGACGGACGAGAGGGUUUUCGUCGUCGCGGGGAAACUGGCGGACUUGACGCUGAGCGUGGCGGGGGCUGGAGAUAUUGUCUCCCGGGAGGCGGACUUGAGUCCUAUCCAGAGCCUUCUUAUGGGCACAGGCUUCAAUCCCAGCGAAAGUUUGGUCGUGCUAGAUAUACAGGAUAGGACGCUGCAGAUCUUGGUUACCUGCACAGAUCUCAUGCGGGGUGGGAAAGCGGGAGCAACGAUUGACCUUGCGCAAUCUGCGCCCACCGCUGGACUCGAUGCUCCGGCUCAGGAGCAUCAGAAGCAUCCUCAAAGUCGAAUCUACUUGCUCAAACUUAUCAACCGCCGUUCGAAUGAAUGUCGAGGUUACCUUGGGACCAGGCUCGACAGCAGGGAAGGGAUGGUGAGGAAUGGAUUAUAG